AUGGCUUUUUCUUCUGAGAAAUCCAUCACCACGGUGCUAUUCCUUCUGGUUCUCACAGUGUCAAGCACGAUGAUAAGUUCGAGUGUGGUAGAAGCUCGUCAACUACUGCAAACAACACAGCCUUCGAUACCAAACAUGCCUGGAAUUCCAAGUAACUUGCCUAAGCCAACAGGAUUGCCACCUUUGCCUUCAAUCCCAACAAAUAACAUUCCUCCUCUGCCAACAAAUAUCCCAAAUCUGCCGAAACCCAAUUCUCUUCCUCCUCUUCCUUCCAUGCCCACCAUUCCUAAAGUGCCACAAGCCACACUUCCUCCAUUGCCUAACAUUCCUUCUGUUCCCACUAUCCCAAUUACUAUGCCCUCCAUCCCAUUCUUCUCUCCUCCUCCUUCUAACUAA